GGGGUGGGGGGUCCCUCCAAUUAAACAAACAACACUCUUGUACACGGUUUAACAUGCUCUUAUAUUACCCACAAACAUUUCAAAACUUGAGCAAAAUAUCCCAAAGUGUCACGAUUUGAAACAUACUUGACAGUACUCUCGUCCCAACGAAAAGUUAAAUGGCUUCUUGGUUUGAAAAACAACCCCUCCAGCUACCCAAUGAACAAACUCCUCCAAGAACUUACAAAAAGUAUGGAGUAAAUAAGUCAAAAAGCUUUGAUGAAUCCAUCUUGAUACCCAAAAAUUCUCCAACUUGUUUUGCAGCUAAUGGAUCCUAUUCCUCAUCCUAUGCUUCUCAUUCCUACACAUGCACAAAAGACAAGAAACUUCACCCUCUUUUUCCUUUGCCUUCACCAUUAGAUUCACCUCAUUUCUCUACAAGAUCAAGUAGUGGAUCAUCCUCUAGCUCAUUUCAGUUCAAUGAUGAUGAACAAGGGAUUAGUCCAUUAUUUAGUCCACUCAGAAACAAUUGCAAUGAUUGGUCAAGAACAUCAAAUGAGAGUUCAAAGUCCUCCUCUUCUUGCACUUCACCAACAACAUAUCCAGUGGUAUGGGGAAAGAUUUUGGAUUCUCCUAGUGGAAAACAAGAGAAGUGUAAUCAUCCACGCCAUUCUCUUCCUCUUCCACCGAAUUCUUCAACUAAUAAAACAGGGCAAGCUCUCGGGUCCAAAUGGAAGAAAGGGAAGUUGUUAGCAAAAGGGACAUUUGGCCAUGUCUAUGCUGGAUUUAAUAGUGAUAAUGGACAAAUGUGUGCUAUAAAGGAAGUGAAAAUCAUCUUUGAUGACACAACAUCAAAAGAACGUCUCAAGCAGCUGAACCAGGAGAUCACAUUGCUCAGUCAAUUCUCACAUCCAAACAUUGUGCAAUACUAUGGAAGUGAAUUGAGAGGAGAUAAGUUGUCACUCUACUUGGAAUAUGUACAAGGAGGAUCAAUUCUUAAACUACUUCAAGAAUAUGGUCCUUUCGAAGAACAAAUUAUCAGCAGCUACACACGAAAAAUUCUCUCCGGUUUAGUCUACUUGCAUGACAGUAACAUAGCACACAGGGAUAUAAAAGCAGAAAAUAUACUAGUAAAUUCUAAGGGAGAAAUCAAGCUUGCAGACUUUGGAAUGGCUAAACAUAUAAAAGCAUGUUCUCUGAUGGAUUCCUUCAAAGGAAGUCCAUAUUGGAUGGCUCCGGAGGUAUUUAAGGAUACAGGAGGUUGCAAUGUUGCUGUAGAUAUUUGGAGCCUAGGUUGUACUGUUCUUGAGAUGGCAACAGCUAAACCUCCAUGGAGCCAACAUGAAAGAGCAGUUUUACUAUUCAAAAUGGCAGAUAGGAAAGACAUUCCUGAAAUUCCCAGGAACCUCUCAGAUAAUGCGCAGAGUUUUUUGAAACUUUGCUUGCAGAGGAAUCCAGGUUGCCGUUCGACAGCUGUUCAGCUGCUACAUCAUCCAUUUGUUCAGGCUUACUGGUGAGGAGGAGUUGGUCCCCACUCCAUCUUCACUUAAAAUGGAUCAUUUAAUCGGCCAAUUUUACGGUAUGACUAGAACGUCAGCAUCUUUUUUUCUUUUGAAAUUAAGGAACGGCAUGAUUGGUAAUGCUUGCAAACUUGUUGCGGGCUGUCGAUAUUUCUGGCUUGCAUCUUGACGACAGGUUGAGCAAGCCUGAUGGUGAAGGAGAAUUGGUAUUUAAGCUGUGGGAAGAUGGGAAGGAUCUGGAUUAGAGAAUGAAGAUCAAGAACCCAGUCAAGUCCACAUGCCAAGAAAAAGAAUAUGAGCUAGUUGUUGGAAGCAUUACAUUCUGGUUCCCAUUGGUUGAGUUGAUCCCGAGACAAAGCGAAGAGGUAGAAUUUAUAAGGAAUAGACAUUGGCCGUGCAGCGCAGGCUGUGCUAAGACCAGCUCUGCUACCUAAAGCCUUCUAUAGGCUGUGUCAUAUAGAUGAUGGGAUUCAGUGUAGUCGAAGUUGAACAGCAGAUAUCUCCCCACCACAUAUAUGGGAGAAAAAAGUUAAGGUUUGAGCCCGGAAAAAGAAAACUUAUCCGUACCAAGUGCUUACACCAAAUGUGUGUGUACACGCACCUUUAUCAACCAUGACUAAUUAAUGAAUAUGUUUAAUACAUUAAAUCACUUAACCA